AGACAAGGCGUCCCGUGCCCCGCCGAACCGAGCCUGGACUCUCCGUGCUCCACAGAACCGAGCCUGGACUCUCCGUGCUCCACCGAACCGAGCCUGGGCGCUCCGUGCCCCACAGCACCGAGCCUGGGCGCUCCGUGCCCCACAGCACCGAACCUGGGCGCUCCGUGCCCCACAGCACCGAACCUGGGCGCUCCGUGCCCCACACCACCGAACCCCGCCGCCGCGAUGUUGCCCGGCCGGACCCUGCGCAAAGCCGCCCCAGCCGCUGCUCCUGCAGGGCGCGAGGCGGCGGUGGCGGAGUGCGCCCUGGAGCUGACCCGCAUCGGCGACAGGUGGCACCUGCGGCAGAGGAUCCUCAACAUGAUCGCCAAGUUGUUCUGCCCCGAAACAUGGGCUGCCCGCGGAGACGGCGAGAGGAACAGAAGAGGACCUUGGCUUUGUGGGUUUGGAAGAAGAGGCUCCACAGACAGUGGGAGAUGAAGAAACCUCAAAUCUCGCUGCGUUGUAUUUAGGUGCCCAUCGCCGCUGGAGGAUGACAAAUCGUCCAUCACAUGAUUUGUCUGAAGAAUGUUACAGCAAUACUGGCGUACGAAUGCCAGGUGGGAAAUAAAGAUAACGAUGGGCAGAGCCCCUAAACUGUGCAGUGGUGACUUGAGGCAAGCUGGUACGUGGGGAGAUUUGGGGCAAGACUGAACAUGCCCUUCACCGUGGUCUGAGAACACUUUCAGGAACCCGGUUUCCCCAGUCACCUUCUGAUCCUCAUUUCCCAUCGCCGUGCUUCACCGAGGACUUCAGCCCACCAACAGGAUGAGGCCAAAAAAAGCAUCAGUGUGUUGGAACUUGGGAUCACAUACCACACAGAUAAAGCCAGUUGCUGGAUUUUUGACUGCUUCUCUUUUCUAAAGUAUGGAUCCUGCUGGACAGGGGUUUGGUAGUGGGAGUUAAAAUUUGUUAAAGACAACCACUAGCUUUAUUGAAAGGUUAUUUGUUACAGGAUGUUCUAUUGCAGACUAAAAGUUGUAAUUCUACAAAUUAACACAGUUUCGCAUAGUUCUAGUCUAUAUUAUAAAUAUAUAGUAUAAGUUUAUAUAUAUAGUAUGUAUACACAAAAUAUAAAUGUGUGCACUGCUAGUGCAUGUCAUGAGUGUUUAACAGAACUAUUAAUCAAAAGCUGUUCGUUUAAUCUCAAAACACAGUAUGAAAAAAUGUCAAAACAUGACAAAACUCAAUAUAAAAAGGCAUUAUAUAAACCAAAAAAAAAGCAGAUUAUUUUCUGAUGAUAAAGGAACAAAUCAUGCUUCAGAGAGGGAAGCAUACUUUGGCUUUAUAUAAGAUAUGUAUCUGAAUAUAUAUUACACAAACACAGAUAUUGAGGUAAUUGUGAAAGGAUUCUUUCAGUAUUGCAAAGAAUUUCUUGGUAACAGUCCAGUUCUGCUGUGUCUUUAUAAGUAAUGAAAUAACUUCAAUAGAAGUACAUCCUAAAGUUGCAUCUCAAGUUUUGCUGAGAAUGUUAUUUAUUCAAAGAAAGCAACUACCUCUCUUUGAAGAAAUAAUAUUAAUAGAGUUGAGCUGUACAGUGGUACAAGAAAGUAGUAUUACAUUUUUGAAUGUUUAGUUAUACUUAUGGGCAAAGGUUCUUCCCCUGUAUUUUAUUUCCCUUGUAGUUUAUUUCAUUUCACUUCUAGAAUGGUGGGGCUGCUGCAGCACAUCCAGUGGAUGAUGAUGCACCAUCACCACUGAGGGGUUACAUACGAGUGACCCAUCUCACUGAGGGGAUAUUACUUUUGGCUGGCUUCAGAGGAACCGAAUUAAACAUGCUGGUUGCUGUCAAGGCAAACAGUAACCUUGCUAGUCAAUUCAUGUCAGGCUCCAUCCUAAACAGUAUUUUUCAUGGGUCCAAGAUAGCAAGAAAAAGGCUGAAGCUGUUCCAUAGCUACCUCUAAGGUCACUGGUCAGAGUUCCUUCUCUUAAUUAACUUUGUAUAUAAGUACAUUUGCAUUUUAUAAGGCUGUAUAGUUACACUUUGUUAUUUGUGUCAUUCAAAUUAUGUCUUCUCCUGUCUUGUGGUGAAUUCUUGUUUGUGUUUAUAAUUUAUUUUUCUGUUAUCUCUUCUUAAUCUGCCUUUGCAAAAUUGUCAUUAUGUAACUCUGGUCACUCACAUCCAGCCCUGCAGGGGUGGUUAUGUAUCGACGCUGACUUCUGUCACUGAGCAGAAGCUGACUGACUGACUUUGCCUUCUUUCUACCUGGAAGACUUAACCCCAUCCAUCCUGGUGGCGUUACAGGGAGCUUUGCUGUUGGCUUGAGCCACAAGCAUGGUUCCCUUCCCCUCUAAGCUAGCCAGUACCUUUUCAGGGAGAAGAAAAUGUUUCAAGAAUAGUUGUUUUUUAUCUUACUACUGCAGAACAGUUCAUUUUGCUGACAUGUACAUAGGUCAGUUUUUCAGGUACUAAAAAGUAAAUGCAAAGAGUUUCAGACCAGCAGAACACCAGCUCCCAGGCUAGCACUGCAUGCAGCUGGGCAAAACUUCAUCAGAGGCAGCUCCAGCUUCAUAAGAAGGGUUGCUGUUGUGUAUCCUGCGCUUGGUGGAGUCUUGGAAUCUUCAUCCAGGACACUGAACAAUGACCAUGCCUGUCUGGAACUCUCAGAAGAAUUCAGCAUUAGCAUUCACAUUAGUAGCUGAAAAGUAUGUGAAUAAAACUGUUUUGUUCAAUGAAUGGUGCUUGCAAAGUCAACAGGAAAUGAGGUGUGGAUUUGUAGAGCCCACCCAGUUCUUCAGGCUGUGGCACAUAUGAAUAUUACAAAAAAUAGUAUACUCAUAAAUGCAUUGUCAUGGGGAUAUCCAAGUUUAGUGUUAGCAAAGUAUUUGUCUGCCUAGUUACGCAAAGCCUAUUUGCUUUUUUUGAAAUGUUUUAGGUGUUUCUGUGCAUUGUUAAGAAUGGUAGCAUUCAACAGGAACUCAGGAAAAAGGCACAGAUGCGAGAGGUCAGUGCCAGUAUAUGACCAAGCACUUGCUGAUGUCCACCCUAGAUUUCUUUUAUUACUUCUGCAAAAGAUCUUCUUUAUGGCUUUAUCAAAGUGAGUUUGUUUUCCUUAA